CGCUCAAGCAACAAGGUUGACACAACAACAAGCUGUUUCCUUCAGUCAUUUUCAAGAGAUUUCGUCAUGUGGAUAAUACCCAUUAAGGCUGGACCUGGUUACGGAUUUGGAGUGCCGAUGCUCUUACUCUUCGCCCUGAUCUUCAUUGGUGUCUCGGCAGACUUGGGUUAUCGUGGCAAUGCCAUACAUCCGGAUUAUCCCGGACAGUGUUACUAUGAGGAACUGAAGCAGCCCAUACCCAAAAAUCAGUCAUAUAAGCCCAUCAAUCGUGAGGGGCACUGCAAGUCCAUCUUCUGUCGACCUGACUAUGUUCUCGAGAUUGGCUUCUGUGGCCGCCACAAUCUGGUGCCUACGAAGAACUGUAAAAUUGACUCCGAUAUGCGUCGCAUUUUUCCCCACUGUUGUCCCAAGCUGAUCUGCGAGGGGCCGGAGAGCAAUGAUAUCUAGCCAUAUCCAUAAUCAAUACCUGUCUAUAAAUAACCAUCUUUUCUUUUUCCCUAAAACAUCUGUGGCUUUAUAUUUAUAUGGCUUGCCACCUGCCAAGCAGGAAAGACAAAAGUCCACAAACCCCAACAUAUAUAUAUAUAUAUAUAUAUA